AUGGUGGGCCGUUCCUUUAUCCUCAAGGAUGCCAGCAAGGACAGCCUGAACCCUGAGGGCUCCUACUAUGGCAUCCGCCGUGGAUGGCUGGCAGUCACCGUGGUGUUCGUGGUGGGUUUUACCAUCAUGGGCUCUACUGGCAAGAUCAUCUACGACAACGCUCCGCCCAUCCCUACUUUCAGGCUUGCAAGCGAGAAAACUGGCGAGCUGGGGCAGGUCCUAUGGAGCAGUGAGGAUGUUUUGGAGGGCCAGCAGAUUUGGCAAUCCAUCGGCGGACAGCAAGUGGGCUCUGUGUGGGGUCAUGGUGCUUUACAGGCUCCGGAUUGGUCAGCCGACUGGUUGCACCGAGAGGCCAAGAUGAGUUUGGAAGAAGAGGAGGAUGAAGAAAGUUACAUUCAGAAGGUGCGAAGGAACACGUACCGCUCUGAGACCAACGAGGUGGAAAUUAGCCACAAAAGGGCCAAGGUGCUGCGGAGGCUCACCGCGUUCUACGUGGCGCUCUUCACCGGCGCGGCCGAGUCAGCGGAGGUGGAAGACUUGGUGAAGAUGCGGAAGCUCUUCCAGGUGAAAGACGUGGCGCUCUACGACGAGGAGAAGGCGCAGAAGAUGGCGGGUUUCGUCUUCUGGUCCGCCUGGGCCUGUGUGACUGAACGCCCGGGCACCAGUCACAGCUACACCAACAACUGGCCCCAGGAACGGCUGGUGGGCAACCGCGUGUCGCCGGAAGUCAUCGUGUGGUCCUUGGCGUCUUUGGCGCUGUUGGUCUUCGGUAUCGGUGUGUUGGCUUGGGUGAGGUCGGUGCAUCACAGUGAGCAAGGCCAACUGCCUCCACCUGUGGAGGAUCCAUUGGAUGACUUUGUGGUCACACCUUCCAUGGCUUCCAUGGUGAAGUGGGUCUAUGUUGUUUUCUUCUUGAGCGGCUUUCAGAUAUGCUUGGGGGUGUACACGGUUCACCUCACCAUCGAUGGCGACAUGGGCUUUCCCAACUGGAUGACACAGCACAUCACCUACACUGUAGCGCGCACCUGGCACACGCAGUCGGCAGUCUAUGCCAUCGCAACGAGCUUCUUGGCAGCGGGCCUGUUUCUGGCUCCCGUGAUUGGGGGCCGCAAAGAAGAUCCACCACUGCAGAAGCCUCUAUGUGACUUCCUCUUCCUUUGCCUGUUGGUGAUCGUAGCAGGUUCCAUGGCCGGGCAGGUGGCCGCCAUCACUCAGAGUUUUGAAAGUUUGCUUAUGAGCCAAUAUUUUGGUCACCAGGGCUAUGAGUACGUGGAACUCGGACGUUUUUACCAGUACUUCCUCCUGGUUGGCUUGAUUCUGUGGCUGCUGCUCAUGCUGAAUGCCAUCCAUCCCGCGUUACGCACGGCUAGCUUUGUGAGCGCUGAUGCACGGGGCCGGUGGCACUUGGUGGUGAUCAUCACCUGUGCUGCGGUGUUGAUCUCCUUCUUUUGGGCCUCUGGGCUGAUGUAUGAUGCAAGAUCCAACUUGGCUGUCAUGGACUACUGGCGUUUCUGGAUUGUGCACAUGUGGGUCGAGGGCAUGUUCGAGGUCUUCAUCACCGUCGUCAUCGCGCAAGUCUUCGUGUUGUUGCGGGUCUUAGAACCGUCCGCAGCGGCAGGCGUUACACUCUUCACCAGUGGGGUGUUCUUGUUCGGAGGCAUCCCGGGCAUGUACCACCACAACUACUUUGCGGGUACCCCAUCCAUGAUCAUGGCGAUCGGCUCCUGCUUUUCUUGUUUGGAGGUUUGCCCUUUAGCCUUGAUGGGUAUGGAGGCAAGUGAGUACAUUCUGCUGGAAAAGGCCGCGAAGAGGCCCGAGAGCAGCUGGCUGAUGAAAUACAAACCGAUCAUCGAUUGCUUCAUUUACGUGGCCUUUUGGAACUUGGUUGGAGCCGGCUUCCUGGGCUUCAUUAUCAACCCGCCCAUCUCCCAGUAUUACAUGAUCGGCGGCUAUCUCACACUCUCGCACAGUCACGGAGCCUUGUGGGGCGUCUACGGCGUUUUGGCCAUUGCUCUUAGCUUACUGGUGCUGCGCCUGUCCGACCUCCAGGCAGACUGGGACACAACUUGGUUGGACAGGGGGCUCUACUUCAUGAACCUGGGCAUGGUUCUUCAGAUCUUUCUCUCCAUCUUCCCCAUUGGCAUCUACCAGUUCUGGCUCUCGGUGGCCAAUGACUACUGGUACGCCCGUAGCGAGCACUUCCAUGGAGACCCCGUCGUGCAGUGGCUGAAGCUGGGACGUGGCCUUGGAGAUUCCAUUUUCGCCUUUGCCAUGCUCAUGGUGCUCUAUUUCGUGCUCCAGGACUUCCUCCGAAGGAUCCAAAGCUGGAGGAGUGGCCAGGUGGCCGCCCUGGCAACGAAGCGCUGGCCGCCCCUCCUUGGCCAGGGGCGCUAG